AUGUCAGCUGACUACCGAUUACGCUCAAAUCCAGUAAGGUUACAGAGGGAGGAGCGAGCUAAGAUCGCUAUGCUUCAUGAGCAGUCACGAGACUUUCCGUCUUCUCUCGUGGGAAAGGAUCUUAGCACUCUUCCAGGGUCCUUUCCAGCCGCACAGAGCGUUGAUGAGUGCAGUCUGCUGCCUGUGUUCAACUUUCCGCCUCUUCCCACGGUCACCUGGAGCCGCGAAGAGGGCAUUUCCAAUUCUCCAAGCAAGCUUCUGGGCGAGCUCCCAGUCAUCCACAGAGUGUUAACUACCGCUGAGCGAGAGCAGCUAGCGGCAAAUCCACGGUCUAGUCAGCAUCUUCGGCGGGAACUUCAUCUUGGGUGGCUUCAGUAUGAGCCAUAUGCUCCUGGAACAGACCAGAUUGGCCUUUCGGAAGCGGCUCAGGGGGAUGGUGAUACUAUAACCAACUGUACCCUUCCCAUGCAUUCAUUCAGAUCUUCGUUUAACCUUUCAAAAAUGGAGGCCAUGCAAGAGCGAGUUGUUGUCUUCAACAAAGUGAGAAGCAUAGCGUUUUCCAUGCAUGAAGAAGCGGCAAAGGCAGUGCUACUAUACACCAUUUCUCUCCCCGAAGGAGAGCAUCUAUUGAUGCAUGUUAGAAUGCCGGCGGUGCCUCGCCUCUACACUAUUCUGCGCGAGGUCCUCAUCAUGGUUGUCGAGGACCCACCACCUGAUAAAUUCCUACAGUCGCUUAUUGGCCAGCUAGACACAUUGAAGGGAUACCGUCAGAGAUCUUCGCACUUUCUACUCAUCAAGGCAACCCUGUUUAUUAUGGAUUCCCUGCAGUUCUAUCCUCUCUCGUCAUGGGCAGAUAAAAUGCAGGACCCUAGCUUUUAUGAGUGCUGCAGGCGGAUAGUUUCUGAGCUGGCCGUAUCUCUCCAUACAUCACCUAAUUCCAGCCAUUCCGUGCCACCAAGCGAAUCGUCAACCUAUAUGGUUAUGUCAAAUCAAUCUGCAGAUACCCUGGGAAGCGUCGACGUAAAUAUAAACGAUCGAGGUACUUCGGGGUCUUUCUUGUCACCGAACCUACUUAAUCAUCUUGCAGAGGCGUGUCGCCUAAGUGCUCUACUAGAUAGCCUAUUUCAAACAUUUAAAGUAGAAGAUGGAAUAGAUGCUUGUAUACUCAAGGAGGAGAGAUAUGCCAAUCUGAUUUCACAACAGCAAAAAAGACAUCGAUUGACGCAGCUGAGCUAUUUAAACUUUUACAUAAUGCAGACACGUAUCCAUAGGAUUUACGCUUCCCCAGAAAAAGAAAAGGCAUACCAUUGCGUACCAACAAAGCAACUCCAGACCGGUUUCCCCCACUACAGACAGCUUAUAAAGAAGAGAAAUAUAGAUGCUCUUGUCCAAGCGAUUCAUAAACGCGCCCUUUCUUCCACUAAACAAAACUCUAACCCAAAGGCUGCGUUAAUGAAGCAUAGAAUGCACCGGUUAAGGGGGCGUCAAAGUGUAUCGGAUGACCAAAUGUAUCACUACAUUUCUGAUAUCCGGCUCCCACCCUGUUACAUGCGGUGUCUCAAGACAGAUCCUGUUCUCUCUUCCGUGUUUAGGCCCUACCCUCAGAGGACCAGAGAGCUAUUUUAUUAUAGAUCAUCAAUCCAUGGAUUUGGCCUGUUUCUUGCUGAGCCGGCUCAGAGGAAAGAAUUGAUUACGGAGUAUUGCGGUGACGUUAUUAGCUCCCUUGUUGCGGAUAUUCGAGAGCGCCUCUAUGCGGAGUCAGGUCUGAAGUCCGUUUACAUGUUCAGCAUCAAGAAUAACUAUGUCAUUGACGCCACGCUCAAAGGAAACUUUGCUAGAUUUCUCAACCAUAGCUGCGCUCCCACAGCGGAAUCUGUCCAUGCAAGGUUCUCCGCAUCUAACAACGCCCUAGAGCCGGUUAGUCUGAUUUCACAAUCACAAGGGAUUGCUAUCUCUAUGCUGUCCAAUCUUGGAGAAGGAGCAGAAGUCACCCAGAAUUACUAUCUGAGCAAGGAGUCUGCAGAUAACAAGCUUUUUUGCCAAUGCGGCUCGACGCGAUGUAGACUUUAUAUGAAUUGA